AUGAGGCCCCUGGUGCUGCUGUGGGGCUGCCUCCUGCUCCCAGGUCACGAAGCGCUGACGGGGCCGAAGAAGGUGAGAGGAUUCGAGGGCGGCACCGUGUCCCUGCAGUGCAGCUACUCGGAGAAGCUGCGGGGGCACAAGAAGUACUGGUGCAGGAAGGCCGGCGUCGUCCUCACCCGCUGCUCCGGCAAAGUCUACGCCAGAGAGGACGGCCAGGAGAGGACAGAGGGCAGGGUGACCAUCCAAGACCACCCCCAGAAGCUCACGCUCAACGUGACCCUGAGAGAGCUCACCCUGGAGGACUCGGGAGAGUACUGGUGCGGCAUCACCAUCCUGGGCAUUGACGAGGUGUUCCUGGUCUCUCUGCUGGUCCUCCCAGCUUCUUCUCCUGGUGUCCGCCCGGCAGUCACCACGCAGGGGACGACAGAGGCCGAGGCCGAGGCCUCUCCGCUCGCAGGGACGCCCCCGUCCGAGCCCGCGGGACCCCCUCUAUACACAGGACCCUCUCCGUACGCAGGGACCCCUCCGAACGAAGAGCACCCCCCUCACAGAGCCACCUCUCCUCAUGCAGGGACCGCUCAGCCUCCCACGUCCCCGGACGCCCCCUCCACGAAAGACACCAAGUCCAGGAUGCCCUACUCCAAGGCCCGCAUCCUGGCACCGGUCCUGGUGCUGCUGAUCCUUCUGCUGGUCACAGGCCUGGCUGUCGUCGGCAGGUGCCUGCUCCGGUGCAGGAAGGAAGGAGGUAAACUGGACACGGAGACAGAGAAGAAUGACAAGGUCCACCUCUCCCACGUGACUCCGGAGGAAGAGGAGGCCUCUCCCCAGGACCCGCCGGGGGCGGCGAACCCAGGGCCUCCCUUUCAUGUGUCCGAGGAGGAGCUCAGAUCCUCCGUGUUCAUCCCCGUCUAG